AUGGAGGAACAAUCUAAUAAUCAUAAGAAAGCAUCACAACUACAGCCAUUAAUGAACACUAAAAGGAGUGAACAACCUACAGAAUUCGCCAAAAAACAUAGGUUUAAAGAUACGCUUGCAUUGUUUCUGGUUUUUUUGAGUUUUAACCAUUUUACUUCCCUAUGUUUGUUGGUUUCCUUUAUUGUUGCUACCAAAUGCAAAGAUUUUCUGGCGAAUUGCUUUAUUAUACUUUUCCUAUCAAAAAAACCUUCUCGUCAUAUCAGUGAAGUGGCGCACAUAAAUAUAACUACUUCCAAAGCGGGCAAUAGUAGUUCAAAUCGAAAAUCUAGUUCAAGAUUUUUUGGCGAUACGAAAAAUAGCUUCGUCAUCCCCAUCCCCGUAUUGAUUUGCGAAAUUUUAUUCGCAAUGCUAUUAAAGAUUUACGGUGGAAACUAUUUUGUUAAGCCAAUAAAGAAUCUGGCCAUUUCUAUUAUUGCCUCAUUUUUGAUCAAUGAUCCGAGCGACUGUUUAAGCUAUGCAACUUCAUGCUCAGUAUUGUAUGCUGUAUCAACCAACACUUUUCAAAGAGUGUCACAUUUUUUUAACACUAUACAGUUAUUUGAAAUGUCUUUACGAGGAAAUGGUCAAUCAAUUAGGUUAUUUGAAGUUUUUCGCAAGUAUACCCAGUUCUUAAGAAAGCUUUUUUCUCUACUUUUACCAGUGCCUUUCAAGGUGCUUGGCAAACAUGCAGAGAGUAUGAUUUACUAUUUAUCCUUCCACAUCCUUUUUUUCUCAUUUGCUUCAAGUUUACUACAUCCCCAUAAACAAAUAACAGAAAAUAAGCCAUCAAAAAAAGGUCACAAUUCAACUAGAGCGGACGUAAGCCGUAUUCAAGGUCUACAAAAGAUAAGAAUUUCAUCAUCCUCUUCAGUUCCAACCGAUUCAAAUACGCUAGAGGAUCAAAGUCCUAUGAUACCGAACGAUCCAGGUGGUCUCACUGGUAGCAACCAACCUAUACAUUCAUCCCAACCAAGUAACUCUCCGCUUCCUUUAUCAUCACACAGUAAUCUGUCGACAAACCCUGCCACUUCUAAUCCUGCCGAUGCUACUUCUAGUUUCCCCUAUUUCACUUCUAUGGUGAAGGAAUAUAAGUCAUAUCAGCCAUCAGUAAUCUCUGCUGAAGGAAGCAAUUCUCAAGCUGUCACUACUACUACUACUACAACCUCUCCUACAACAUUCAACUUUUCCAGUGAUAGCAAUGGUUUACCAACUGAAAUUCCUCUACCUGAUCCCUCGAAUACAAACCCAAAAAAGGAAUCUGAUCUCUUUCCCCCCUCCAAUGACAAGUAUACCAAUCAACUCUUUGAAUUGAAUGUUGAUUUCGGAGAUAUAUUUUCUUCUAGCAAUUUAUCUUCUGACAUAUCUGUCACAUCAAACUUGGAAAAUUUUAUCCGUCUUCUAUUUAGAAGAAAAAAUCAACACUUGAUUGCGCCUCUUUGGUCUAUGGUAGUUACAUUAAAAACGACGAAUUUUGAAAAAAAAUACUUGCAAGAAACUUCUGAAAAUCCACUAACACCAACAAAUUCGAAUACCUCAUACACCAGUAACCAGGAAAAACAUAAUAAAGAUCUGGAUACGAUUAAACCACAUUCAGUUCCAUCAAGAAUUAGUUUCACUCAUGCCGGAAAGUUUAAGAAAAGUGUGUUUAACAAUUUCGAACCCUCAAACACAAUGGCGCUGAUUGCAAAGACAACAUCCGAUGACUACAAUCUUUUAAAUUUAGUUUCCACCAACGAGAAUAUUUUCAAUAGAAAUGAUAAUGACUAUAAAGUUUGCAUUAUUGAUAUUAGCACCAAUUCUAUCACUUUCCAUAUUGAAAAUUUACAUGAUGGUGAACUCAUUGUUUUAGUAAACGGUGUUAUCUGGUCAGAAGUUUCAUGCGCUUUGAUUUUGGAGCAUGUAGGUGAAGAAUACGUUGUUGUUAACGGAUUAGUUCCUUCUUGCUCUUACGAUAUUCAAUUCAUCAACAGACUAAAUCACCGAGAUGAUUAUCUAGUCUCUGAUUUAAUUGUGAGGACAUGUGGGAAUAACAAUGCGAUUGCCGGGAAAUUUGAAAAUCUUGAUUUUAGUUUCCCUUCAUACUACCACAGAAAAUUUUUAUCUCCAUUGCUAACUCUAAAGCAUUCUGUGCUAACUACGAACGCAAAUUUAUCCGAUGAAAGGACAAAGCUGAAAAAGACAAAAAAAGAAAUCAGCAAGAAGUUGAGUCUUUUGAGGCAAGAAAUUGACUAUUUCAAAGGCAGGAUUUCACAGAAUGCGACGCAUGAUGAAAAGAGCACUUCUAAAGUUGAAAAUUUGAAAGUUGCCUUACAGCAAAGCGAGACUGCAGUAAAUAAAUUAGAGAUGCAACUGAAAACUCUUACUGAAAAAGAGCUUGAAUUAGAAGAGGAAUACUUAAAGAGGAAAGAUCUACACUUGAAAAACCAAUUAGAGUUUAGUAAGUUGGAAGAAAGCUUAUCGAAAGAUCUGAAAAAAUCCGAAGGUAAAUUCCACAAGGCUAAUCAGGAAUUAGGCCAACUAGGCUCCAAAAUGGAUAAACUGAAUGCAAGAAACGAAAAACUACAAAAGGAAGUUGAUCAAAACGAGGAAGAGAUAGAAAAGUUUAGUAGUCAGUUUUUAAGUAAAAGAGAAAAAGAUAGAUUCAGGAGAAAGGAAUACAGGAUACGCGAAGCCAAUAAAUUUGAAUUGACUAUAAAGGGGUUAGAACAAGAUAUCAACAGGCUAGAGAAUGAGAAUGAAAAUAUACAUAGUCUAAUUGGUAAUAGCUACUGA